UCAUCACAUCGCUCCGGCGCAUCGUUUCUCCCACAUUUCUGGAGCCUCUGUAACUUUAUACCUCAGGGAAGGCUCUUUGCGAACAAAAGGGAACAAAAUGGCGGUCACGGUCCCUCCUAAAUUAUCAGACCACUUCUCCAUCUCCAAUUUCAUCUCCAAACUCCGCUCAAAAAGAAGAUCCGGCAAACAAGAAGGAUGCCUACAAUCGGAUACCAGACCCCCGCUCAAAUCCUCGCCCUUACCCCUAGUCCUCCCAGAGCAUCAACACACGCUCUCCCAACUUGGCUGGACAACUAUAUCGUUCCCGCAGCCGGGUUUCACGGCUGAGGAAGCCGCUCCCGGCCCACAUCCCCUGCAGAGAGCAUAUAAGGACCUGUUCCGCGCAGCGCAAGAAUUCUUCGACCUUCCAGAUGAAGAGAAGGAGCGGUGGAAACAUCGGCUGGGUUCGGAGGAGGGAUGGAGUAAGAUCCCGGGCGAGAAAGAAUUCAUCACUCUGAGGACUUUGAGUUAUACGCCUGAUGUGCUUAAGGCGCCUGCGAAGAGGUACUGGGAUCUCAUGGGCGCGCAUCUCUCCAGCACACUAGGGCGUGUUUGCACCACGCUCGGGCUACCGGACGGCGAAGACGCGGGGUUGAGAAAAUUUGUGGGACCGUGUGGAAAGUUGGGAGAGAGUGAGGAGGAGAAGACGGCGACGAUGCUCAGACUCUUCCGGUAUGAAAGCUGGGAGGAGAAAGUGGUCGCGGAGCCGCAUGCAGAUCUGGGCUUGCUGAGUUGUGUCGUUGGUGAUGUACCAGGGCUAGAAGUCUGGGAUGGGCGGCAAUUCUUCGACGUGGAAAGACAUUGUAAGACUCCCAGCGCGACUAUGCUCGCUGGCCGGCAGCUCGAAAGGUAUUCCAACUUUCGCUACCCAGCGGGCGGCCAUCGUGUAGUUUCGUACGGCAAGCCUCUGUCUAUCCCUGCAGCCGAGAGCUCCAAACUAGGUAUAGUGGCGGAGCCCCCAAGAUAUCGGCAUAGCAUUGUUUUUGUGCUGCGGGCGCAUGAGCCGGUGGUUGUGGACUCAGAUGAGCUGGAGACGGAGAUUACCGGGAAGUGGGCGGAGCCUGUCAGCGGUGUUACGGCAGGGAAGUUGUUUGAGCAGAUCCGGAGCAAACAUUUCAAUAUUAAUAUUGGGGUGGAGGAGAGGGAAAAGCAGAGGCGGAAACUUCAGGAGAAGCAAGGAAGUGGUAAGGGAACGGGCUAAGCAGACGGGAUGAAAGCCGCGAAGUGGGAGCAGCGAGUAUUGCUCAAGACUUUCUCUUCUUUCUGUCUCAUCACAAUCUAUUGGCGCUUAUUCUUCAUGCGUGCAGCGUCUUGAGAGUUCUAAAGGGUUUUUUUAACUAUUGAUUUCAAUUUGACAGCAAUGGAGCAUUGGGCGCUCAUACUCGCAGUCCCUAUUGACCCCCCAAAAUGUAAGAUCUCAAUAUGUAC